CUCUGCAGCAGAGCAGCACCCUCAGGGCUUUCGGGGAAGCCUGGGCAUGGCCCAGAAUGUGGUCUAUGCUGACCUGAAGUUUGCUGAGGGGUCCCCAUCCAUGGUCCCCAACGAGGACGACAGCCCCUAUGAGAACGUGCUGCCAGGGCCAGUGAUGGCAGCGCCCAGCCCAGGGCACUCGCCCCGGCGAUGGCACAUCCCCAAAGCUCUGCUGCCAGCCAGCCUGGUCCUGCUCCUGCUGCUGAUGGUGACCAUCGUGGCCCUGGGGGCUUGCUACUGGCAGGUCACCCGUAGCCUGCAGGACGCCUCCCGUGACCAUGCAGCCGAGCAGGGCCGCCUGUCACAGGAGCUGAGCGCUCGGGAGCAGAGCCUGGAGCAGGCACAGCUGGAGCUGGCGUGGGCCAGAGCAGAGCUGCAGCGAGCAUGGCAUGAGGGCAACAUCAGCCAGCAGGAGCUGGAGAGCCAGAACACCGAGCUGGAGCACGUCAGGGGAGUCCUGGUCAAGGUGGAGAAGGAGAUGCAGGAGGUGCAGGGGAAGCUCAACAACAGCGAGCGCACUGUGCGCAGCCUGUACGCCUGUGUGAAUACAGAAUGCUGCCCCUCAGGCUGGGUGCUCUACAGGAGCAAGUGUCUCUUCAUCUCUGUGCAGAAGUUGAACUGGCAGGACAGCAUAAAUGACUGCAAACAGAAAUCCGCUCAACUGCUGAUCCCAGAUGGCUGGUCACGACUGACAGUGCCGCAUUUUGUGCAGGAGUCUGACGAACAGUACUGGAUUGGACCAAGCACUUUUUAUGGCACAAAGACGGCUUCUAAAUGGCAGGACAGCAGUCAAACUUUGAGAGCAUUCUGCACGGCAAUAGAAAAUGGAAAAAUCACAUUUCCGUCAUCAUGCUCAUGGCGUCGCUUUAAUUGGAUCUGUGAGAAAUCCCCAAAGCUGAGCAGCACAUCUGAGACCCAACCUCCUCUCCUGGCCAAGGUCUGACUGCUGACACUCUACUCCAUCUCUGGACUUGGGGACAGGAGCUGGAGGUGCACCCCGAGACUCUGUCCCUUGUGCACACAUUGCCUCAACUGUGUUACAAAGCGCUGGGAAAGAGGGUCUGUAUUUUAAAGGCUGGAAAAGAGACCUUAUUCCACUCUCUCACACUCAUGUAUACACCUAUUACACCACCUUG